AUGUCUGCCACCUCAGAGAGCGUCAAUGGAGGAGUACCGUCAUCCCGCUCUGAUGGGAGCAUCGGUUCGAGCGAGAGCCCAGAGGUGGACCUUAGUAGCUUGGAGUUUCGUCUUCAGCAGUUUCGUAAACAUACUGUGGACACAGUCAAUGAGGAACUAAAGGAUGUCACCAAGGACAUGUUGAAUGAAGUAUCUCGCACCAUGAAGGGACUGACCUCCGUCGACAAUGAUCGUGCACAUGGACAGAAGGUGUUUCGCGCUCGUGAUUCGGUGUUAACGUAUCUGCUGCAGUCAACUCACAUCCAAACACUCUACAAUAUUUUUGUGGCAAUUCUGAUAAUUUUCGCAGUGAAUACGGUGAUCAGUGAUUACUUAGAGCACGGCCGAUUAGUGCUGAACUUCUCCAUGCUACUGUGGGCGUUCGAGCAGAUGCCAAUCGUCAUCACCACUUGGAUUGUGAUGAAAUCGACAACGUUGGCCGUCUAUCCUCUCUUCUUGGGCUAUGUGGACAUCAGAGGUUCCGCUCGGGGCACCAACCGCAGGCUAGUUGACGGUGCGUAUCUGUCGGGCUAUAUAUUCUUUCUCGGCGUGUUCUUGGUCGGCCCGGUGUUCAUCAUUGCCCGUAAUCAAAUCCCGCCCGGCUCGGCUCUGAUCAUCCUGUGUGAGCAGGUGCGUAUGAUCAUGAAGAUUCACUCGUUUAUCCGCGAGACCGUACCGCGCGUGCUGAUGUUCUCGCGGGAGAGCAAGGCCAACGCCAACGUCCACGACGUUCUGCCGGGCUUCUCUCAGUACUUGUACUUCCUGUUCUGCCCUACGCUGCUGUACCGUGAUAACUACCCGCGCACCGAGCAUACACGCUGGACCUACGUCAUCUCCAAUAUGGGGCAGGUGGCCGGGUGCCUGUUGUACGUCUACUACAUCUUUGUGCGCUUCUGCGUGCCGGUGUUCAGCGAGACGGGCCGUCAGCCGUGGAACACGCGCACGUUCAUCCUGGGCGUGAUGAACUGCAUGCUACCGUCCACCAUGGUGUUCGUGCUGGGCUUCUUCUCCAUCCUGCACUCGUGGCUGAACGCUUUUGCUGAGAUGAUGGGAUUUGCCGACCGCAUGUUCUACAAGGACUGGUGGAACUGCCGCAGCUGGGCCGACUACUAUCGUAAGUGGAAUGUCGUCGUGCACGACUGGCUGCAUGCGUACGUCUAUAACGACGUGCAGAUGUGCGUGCCCGAGACGUACAAGAAGAAUCGCCUGGUGGCCAUGUUCACCGUCUUCAUUGUCAGCGCCUUUGUCCACGAGUACAUCAUCGCUGCCACGUUUGGAUUCUUCUUUCCCGUCCUCCUCCUCAUGUUUGGCGGCAUCGGCGUGUCGUUUGUCUUCCUGACGCAUCAGCGGCAGUCGCGAAUCUGGAACAUCUUCAUGUGGGUGAUGCUGUUCUUCGGCAAUGGCCUCCUGAUGUGCCUGUACAGCAUCGAGUUCUACUCUCGUCAGAACUGUGCCGACAAGAUGGAGACCUGGCUGGACAUCCUCAUACCCAACAUGCUAACCUGCGAUUCGUGGCCGGAUGUCUCGUAA